AUGCCUCCUCCCAUGGAGACCUUCGCAAUUGCUUUCUUUUUUCUCGUACUGGGACUGACUAUCAUGGUGAUCAUGAUUCUUGUCAAGGAGUGGACCGAGUAUCAAGCUCUGCAGUUUUGGCCGAAACUGCGCAGCACUCGCACUCUCGAUCUGGAGUCGGGCCUUUAUUUACUAAAGGACGUAAAGGAACUGACAUGGCGGCUUGAGCAGAUGGAAAACAUCGAUCGUGGGAUCCAGCUUGCUGGAUACCUAUCUGACGAUUACUAUGAUGAACCUCCAUCUGCUUACGCCGCUUUAUAA